AUGCCGCUUCCCGCCCCAUGGCUGUCGUACAAGACUAAGGAUGGCAAGGAUUAUUACUAUAAUCCCGAGUCUAAAGUCACGACAUGGACUAAGCCGUCCAGCUCUUCAUCUUCCAAUAAGACGCCACCUAGGCACAAAUCCAGCUCUGGAAACAAUACAUCAUCAAGUCCAGCGCUACCCAGUGGAGGUGCAGGAAGAGGUGGUCUUUUGGCUCAGAUUCAGCAAGGUGCUAAGCUUAAGAAGGUCAAGACAGUGGAAAAGACGCUAUUUGCAAGUAGUGGCAGUGCUGGAAAUGGAGCUGGGGGAACAGCACCAACUUCAAGUCCGUUUGCAGGUGCAGGAGGCGGCAUGGGCUCAAUGAUGGCUGCUAUUAAGCAAGGUGGCAACCUGAGAAAGUCUAACCCCUCAGGCUUCCAGAGAGAAAAUAGUAGCGGUGGUGCGAACAGUGCACCAAGUGGCGGUGGAGGCUUUGCUGAAAUUAUGCGAAAGAACCGUGAAGCAGCUGCAAGGAAAUCUGGAGGUGGAUCGGCUCCAUCUGUGCAUAACAGCAAUUCCGAACCGUCAACACCACGCCAGAUGUCGAAUGCGAGCUUCGAGAAUGGAAAUAACACUGCAGUUGAGACGCGACUUGCAGCGAUUGAAAAUAAACUUGACAAAAUCAUGGCACACCUUGGUAUUAAUUAG